AUUUCGUUGAAAUCGGAUCGGUACGUACAAGCAGAGAGCUAGACCGUAAAGGGGAUCGGAGUGAGAAUAAAAUAAUAAAAUAAGUUACUUUGGCAAGCCUAGGUCUAUGGAGUAUGUACAUGUAAGCCCACAUAUAGUGCUUUGAUUCGGCGGCACAAUGCACCAGGCCCAGUUGAACACCAAUUCAACCCAUUUUCGACGUAAUUGGGUUGGAUUCUUUCUUCUUGGUCUAUCUAACAUGCUACCCUAUGCCAUGGUUAGUGCUGCAGCAAACUCCAUAGCAAGAAGCUAUCACAAAGAGGGCUUUGUUGCAACAGUAUAUGGUGCUGCAGGAUCUACAACGAUUGUUGUCAAAUUGCUGAACACAUUUGUUUUAACACGAGUGUCAUACAACAUCAGGUUCACAACUAACACCUUGGUACUGUUAUUAGGAAUAGCCGGGGUAGCUUACGCUCCUACUUUCAUUACUGCUAUCUUUGCUGUGGUUAUUGUUGGAGCAAGUUAUGCCUUUGGAGAAAAUUUAGCUUUAGGGUACUUGUCAAAGUUUGAUAGUCGACUGGUGAAUGCCUGGUCAAGUGGAUGUGGCUGUGCCGGAUUGAUCAGUGCACUAUUUGUCAUUGCAGCUGGAUGUCUUAUUAAACCUACUCUAGACAAAGCAUCUGAUCUGAAGGAAGUUGAUUGGUAUAGUUUCCUGGCAUGCUGUCCAUUCGUAUUUCUCUACCUGAUUGCAUACCUCAUGGUAAUUGUUGAAGCUCCAGGAGAGAGUGCCUUACACCAGGUCAAUGGUUACAGCGUGAACGCAGCACAUGUAACCGAUGACGAUCCCAGUACUGAACAAGAUUCGUUACUUGGACAUGAACAGUCCUUAUCACAAGGAGAACCAAGACGGCUCACUAUGUCUGAUAGAUGGCAUUGUUUUAAACUUAUAUGGAAGUUAGGAGUCAAUCUUGCCAUUGCAACGUUCGCAACCUUUGUUUGUCGUGUGGCGUCGGCCAAAGCUGAGGACAAAUCAAAGUACAAUCAGGAUUGUCCGGAGCUCUUUGUUUCUCUUCAGCUUUGCUUCCAGGCUGCCCAGUUUGCUUCUCUGUCUUCCGUCCAGCAUAUAAAGAUUCGUCGGGUGCACGUUCUCGCCGCCAUUCAGUUUAUCAAUGCUGUAAUAUGGAUAGUCAAUACAGUAUAUAAGUUCAUGCCUGUCUAUAUCCUACCGGCCUACAUGGUCAUUAUUGGACUGAUCAUGGGUGCCAUUUACGUCAAUACAUUUUACAUGGUGCACAAUGACGACAUCUUCCCAACAGAACACAGAGAUUUACUGGCCAAUAUGACCGGAACAUUCCUUACAGUUGGUGUAUCUUUGUGUAGUAUCUUGAUGACAGUACUCUACAAGACAGUACUGGUCAACUAUUGACCCUCAUCUAUCCAUCCAGUUUUAUCUGACCAAGGAGUUGUCCACUCUCGGUCAUUAUUUUGGACAUCCAGUGGAAUUGGUCACAUGCAAUGAACACAUGCUGCAUUGAGAUGAUGUGAUGCAUUUGCCAAAGAGGGCCCAGUGGUCAUGGAAAAACUGGAAUUGAAAUGCAAAGGUCUUGGAUUCAAACCACAAUCGACGCUAGUUUUCCUCUACAUUGUACCUCAGCCGCUCUCCACCCAGGUACCUGGUGUAUUCCAGAAGGGAUACUAAGCUUUUAAAGUCCUGUAAGCACCGGAGAUGAUGUGCGUGUGUUAUUUGCAUGCAGCACGCUUGUCAUGGUUUGAAUAAAAGAGCUGUAAAAUGUCCAGUGUUAUUUAAAUUUGAUAAUUUUAUGUACUAAAUUAAUGUUUUAAGAAAUAUUUUAUGCCUCCCUUUGCCUGUUGUACAUACCGUCAAAUGGGGUGACUUUGGACUCGAAUGAUGUUGGGGUGACUUUAGACACACCUCGGAAAAAGUUAUACUUGUUCAUCCUCCCAAUCAUUUUUCUCCAAAUAAUGUAAUGUCUGAUUUAUGUGGCAGUAUUUAGGUUAUAGAAGGGAUGUAAGAAUAUGUAAUAACAAAUAAAACUGGUUUGGAGGAUACACUGGUACAUCUGUUCACAAAUGUUCCGUCCAAAAUCUACCCGUUUGAUGGUUUUAUUUUCUGAUGACCGGUGCAAUAUGCAAGAUUGAUCAUACAUUUAUGAAAAAUCAAUGAUUCUUUUUAUCUAUAAUGGAAGCAUGUAUAAAUCUGUUUAUUGUGUGUGUUUUUAGAUUGAUUUUAAUUGAUAUAAGUAUUAUGAAAUAUCUGUAGAGGCAGUACAGGGAAUUAUUAGCAAGACUGAUGCUAAUAAUUCCCUUUUCUGAGGGACUUUUGAGAGUGAUUUAUGAAUCGAUUCUGACUCGGCAUCUUUACCUUCAAAUCUUCCAUUUCAGAUUUAGAUUCAUUUAUUUCAAAUCUGUUUAAAAUACACAAAAUACAUAAAUACAAAUUAAACUUUUAUACAACAGAACAGAUAUUGACAAUCACCGGUAUAGUAGUCAUAAACAGAUAGUGAAAAAAUAAUGAUCACCGCUGUACAACGGAUGUAGGGGGGGCAUACAAAAAGCCAUUGGCCUAUCGAGGUCUAUCCCCCUGAUUAGCCUACCACAGAGAAAUGACUUGCACAAUUUACAAAGAAAAAAAAACAUAAUUGAAAGAAAAGGCAAAACAGAAGGUU